UUAAAUGCUCAUUGCAUAAUAUACUAUUGGAGCAGAGCUAAACUUCUCACAUUUCUGAACCGCAAAUUGAAAUUCCACCCACACCUUCAGACUGUUCGGGCUCUUAUCUGAUGGAUCAUUAAGCUUCUCAGAGUGGACAGUCCAAUUUGCGAUUAACCGCAAAUUGACUGGGGUAUGAUUACGACGUAUUCGCGAAGAACGUGAAGAUGAGUUUUCAACUGUGGUUGCUACCUGUUCUUCUAACACUCCCGGAAGCUUUCGGCUUGCGAGAAUGCAGUUUUCCAUGUGGCGGUGUCGUGAGUAACGCUCCUCACUGUGGAGCAGUUGGAAGGGAUCUAAUGGCUCAGGGUGGGUCGGCCGUCGACGCAGCCAUCGGUACGCUGCUGUGCGAGGGAGUCGCAAUUCCGCAUUGCAUGGGAAUCGGGGGAGGAUUCUUGAUGACAGUUUAUGAUCGCGAAACGAAAACGGUGCAUACACUAAACGCCAGGGAGACGGCACCUGCAGCCGCAACUGUUAAUAUGUUCGGAGGGAACGCCGCGUUGGCAUCCAAGGGUGGUUUGUCCGUUGCGGUACCCGGCGAAAUUCGUGGGUACUGGGAAGCUCACCAACGGUAUGGAAAACUACCAUGGGCAGAAUUAUUUAAGCCAUCAAUUAAGUUUGCGAGGCACGGAUAUGAAGUUACUCCUUUCAUGGCAAGUGUUUUUAAACAGGAAGAGGCACAACUACAAGGCGACGUUGGAUUACGAGACAUAUUCAUCAACCCAAAAACUAACAAACCGUAUACGGUUGGGCAAUUUAUACGGAACGAAAAAUUGGCCGAAACGCUAGAAAUUGUUGCCGAACAGGGAGAAAGUGCUUUGUAUGACGGAGUUCUUACUAAAGCAUUUGUGGAAGACAUCCAGAACUUAGGCGGUAUUAUUACAGAAGAAGACAUGAGGAGUUACAGACCACUUUGGGGCGCUCCCAUCUCCACUACUUUACCGAAUCAGCACACAUUGUACAGCGUAGCGCCUCCUGGUUCGGGGGCCAUCUUAAUUCUCAUACUCAAUAUGCUGAAUGGUUUGCUUGACGUAAAAAACAUCGAAACCGUAGAAAAUUGGCACAGAAUUAUCGAAAGUUUCAAAUUUGGGUACGGCAGGCGUACUGAAAUGGGAGAUCCUAACUUUGUGCCGUCAAUGAAGAGCUUUAUCAGCAAUAUAACAUCCAAGGAAACCGCAGCGUUUCUCCGAAGUCAAAUUUCCGAUGAUACCACCUUCGGUAAUCCGGUUCAUUACGGUGCAAAGGUACAGCAGGUAAAUAUUCACGGUACUGCGAAUAUGGUCGUCAUGGGGUCAAAUGGUGAUGCGGUAGCCGUUACGAGUACGAUCAACCAGAACUUUGGAGCCGGAAGAGUAUCACUAAGUACUGGAAUAAUCUUAAAUGACGAAAUGGACGAUUUUUCUGCACCUAACGUAACAAACUAUUACGGGAUGCCUCCCUGCGAGGCAAACUUCAUUACUCCAGGUAAACGUCCGGUAUCUUCCAUGGCUCCCUCAAUUGUAUUAGACAAACAUGGAGAAGUCGCGCUGGUUGUCGGAGCUGCGGGCGGUACCAAGAUCACACUUACUACAGCACUUGUCACCUUGAGAAAUAUAUUUUUCAAAGAAUCCGUUCCUAAGGCCGUUGCAUCCAAACGUCUUCUACACCAACUCUUCCCAAUGCACAUAAUGGCCGAACCAGGAUUCAAUGAAGACAUUCUGGAAGGCCUAGCCGCUCUAGGUCAUAUAAUUAAAGAAUCGAAACCCGAUGGGUUCUCAGCGGUAACCGCAAUUGGAAAACGAAACGGGAAAGUGAAAGGUAGUUUUGAUCCUAGACGUGGAGGACAGGUUUCCUUAAUAUAGAUGCUCAUGAUGUGAAAUGAAACGUUGCUUCGAAUAAAAAUAUUAGUAUAUCACCAAA